CACGCUUCAUAUUUUACGACCCAGGAUUGUCUGCUACAUCAAACUCACCAGCCAAUUCAUUCUUCCUCGGCCACUUCACUAACCGCCAUGGGGAAUCUUGACGACAUUCCGGAGGAUACCGCACGGCUCAUAGUCGACGAGCUGCGAAAAGAGCACGCUCGUGUGCUCGUGCAGCUAUGCCUUGUCAGCAAAAAGUCUCGGGAUCUAUAUCAGCCGCUCUUGUUCCGCUCAAUAGUGAUUAAGGAUUCUGAUAAGAUGAUCAAACUCGCAUAUGCACUGGCAACAAAUACGGGGAUUCGAGCAAAGGUCAAGCAUGCAAAGUUUAAAAUAGAAUUUGAUGCCCAUCAAUUUGACCAGGACGAAUCAUACGUUGUUGACUCCAGAAUUAUAGAAGCAUCCAAAAGCCUUCCAUUCUGGAGCUACAAUUUCCAGUCAUUGUUGCACGAUCGGAAACCAUGCGCGGUACUUGGUCUCGUUAUCGGAUGGUUGACCGAUCUCGAGACGGUGCACCUGGAAUACUGGUUACCAGCGCACGGUUUUCGUUCAAUGUUUCAGCAAAGGGCCAGAUCAACCUGGGACGUGGGAAAAUAUGUCAUCUCGACAUACCAGAUGUUCGGUGCUGCUUCUCGAACUCAUCCACACACCAUUCCUUCGUUGAAGAAGCUGAGAAGUCUUUGGGUGGGAGGAAUUGCCCCAGACUUUGCUUUCAACCAUCCGAUACUAGAGAAUAUUGAAUUGAAUCUCGGAGAUAAAAGCUUGUGCCCGACUAUAAGCACAAUGGAUAUCUUCCCUUUCGAAGCUGUCUCGUAUGACACAAUAACGACCACGAGCAUAUAUUUACACGCGACCGUUCUGAAUGCGAGAUUUUCAAAUUCCCUUGCCGUUUGUACUGGCGGGCUCAUGCAGAAGCUCACGAAAUUGAAGGAGAUGACCGUGAUCGUCUAUGGCUAUCAUAGUACUCACUCUUACUUUAUCGAUGACGAUUUAUAUUCUUUCAGCUCUCUCACAGAGGCACUUAUUGGUAAUAUUGCAUCCUUGACCCUCAGGGUAGGCUUCUUAGUACAACCGUUCCACCAGCCCCGGAUUAAGAAUGCAACUGAGCUACCUCGUGUACGCAUCACAUCCAAUCUCGAGGUGUCCGAAUUGAUUCUCAUAAACCCAAAGAAUCCACAGCCUUCUUGGUUCGGCCGCGAAAGAGCUGAGGACCUUUUUCAAAUGAGACAUCUCACCAUCACCAACGCCAACAAGAGUGUGAAUCAAAUUCUUACAGAACUCAUCAAAUUGAAGACAUUGAAGUCCAUUCCGCUAUAUCGUCUGCACAUAGCCUUUUUGAGGUAUACUGGACUGAUCAAAGAGAAUCAUGACGCCCAUGAGAAUUUGAGAAGAACAGGAGCCGAUAGUGAAGAGGAGGUGGAAUCUGACUAUGAAGAGAUGUCAUCGGCAAACGUAAUCUCUGAAUCCGAGGAAGAAGAGAUGGACCCGGGUACGGACUCGGACGAUGAAGACAUGGAAUCUGAGGAUGACGAGACGGACCGUGAGGGCAUACUCUGGGAACUGGAGUACGACCACCAAUUUCAUCACGAUUACGAAGAGCUAUGCGAGCGACUUCGAUACCAUGGAGUAACAGUAACCGAAGGCUACGACAGGAAAAUUAGCGGGAAGGAAAUACGUUUCGGACGCAGAACAAGAGCUUAA